UUCGCGUUUUUGUCGAUCGUUUAGUUGCGACUUUGCGGCCCUACGCUGCGUGCAGAAGUCCAAACCUGUGAGGCAUAGUCACCGCAGACCGCUCCCAGCAUCGCUGUGCAUCGCUGCGUCUCAGGCUGCACGCUGCAGGCGUAUUGCUGCAACAAGGCGACGUGCAUCGAUGCCCCGCGCCGCAUCGCUCGCGACACUGAUGGCGGGAGUAGUCCUGGGCGACCUCUCGCAGCUCGCGCCGCCAGCAAAGGGCAAGACGCGGCUGUACCUGUGCCGCCACGGCCAGACCGACUGGAACGCCGCGAAGAAAAUACAAGGGUCCGUGGAUCGGGAGUUGAACGAGCUCGGCGAGCGGCAGGCGUUGUUGAUAGGCGAAGCGCUGAAAAGUGUGGACAUAACGCUCGUCGCCGCGAGUCCGUUGUCGAGGGCGUUCCGCACGGCGGACCUCGCGAUGAAUGUUGCGUGUCCUAGCGUGGAGGGCGUGCGCAUCCAUCCUGGUUUAAGGGAGAUGAAUUUCGGUGAAUUGGAGGGCGCCGUGGCCGCCGAGUCAUCGCUCUACGCGGAGGUGAAUGCCGCGUGGGCGAGCGGCGACGUCGAGAGGAAGUGGCCCGCGGGCGAGAGCCCUAGAGAUGUGGAGUUACGAGGACGGCAAGCUUUAGCAGGCUUGGGUUUGCUCGGCCAGAAAGAUGGACCUCUCCAUACGCAUGUGGCCGUCGUGUGCCACGGGCGGUUCAACAAGAUCUUGUUGAGCUCGCUGCUAGGGAGGGGCAUCGACAAGUGCGGCGAGAUCCAGCAGGGCAACUGCUGCAUUAAUGUGGUGGACGUCGACGUCGCCGCGGCGGUCGAUGCGGCACAACCGGCGACGGAGGUCGCCCUGGACUCGCGCGACCAUCUGAACGGGGUCGACGCGGACACGCCGUCAUGACCCCUUACGCGCUCGCCUUCGCCCGAUCGUAGUAUUCUCGUACCGUGACUAGCACGCCAUCGUCGCUUACAAGAAAGAUAAACG